AAAUAUUAUUAUAUUUUAAUUUUAUUUAUUAUUUAAAUGUAUUACAGAAAUCAAAACAAAGCAUAGGUGAUGAAGUACAACAACAAACUAUGAAGUGUGGAGAGAUCGAAAUGUUUCGAAAAACUCAUUAUACGAUUGAGAAUGGAUGGAUCAACGAAAUAGCCAAGGAAAAAUAUGUAUGUUAACUUUAAAAGUUAGUAAUUUUAUUUAAUCGUUUUUGUAAAAGUAAUAAUUCAUUAUUUUAUUGUUAUUGUAGAAUGAAAUGGUUGAGUUGCGACGAGAUAAACUUAUUCAAUUUGAAGAUGGCUUGCUACUAGUAGUUGAUGAGGCUGCUAUAUAUAGGCAGGUGUUAGGUGAAGGAAAAUACGGUUGGUUACGAGGUUUAGGUCCUACACCUGGAAAAAAGAUCUCAGUGGAAUUAUCAUCCAAACAUAAAGAGAUUGAAGAAGAACGUUUGGACAAAUUAGAGAAAAUCAUUGAAGAUCUAAGGAAGGACCAAGAUAAUAAUGUUGCAAGAAUCGUUCAAGAGAAUAUGAAAAUAUUCUAUGAAUCACAACAAGGCAGAUUAUUAGAGGAACGAUCAUCAGAGUCACCAAUCAGAAUUCCAUCAAUGGAUAAACAAAAUAGUUUUUUCACGCAACUGGAGCCAAGUAAAGAAAAAGAUCAACCCUCAUCUUCACAAAAACCCACUAAAUCGUCCUCAAAUUUAGAAGAAGUGCGAGAUUCUCCAAUUAAAUUUGAGAUUCCUAAGGACACUCCAAAGGGUGUAAAAGCUGCAUUACUAGCUGUUCGAUUUAUAAAAGCUUCACACACUUUUUCCAUGGUCAUGGACCCAGAAAUUUUGGAUAAUGAUGAAUAUUUACAUAUUUCACCUAUCGAUGUAAUUCAUCUAGGCACUAUGAAACGGAUUGGAGCUGCUUGCAUAGUAUUUUACAUUAGGAUCUUACAUGAAAAGUUGGUGAAGGCAAAUCGAGCACAAUAUUUUCGUUUCUUUCAUCCAAUUUUAGCUUUGGAUUCAUGUCAAGCACAAAAUGCAAUGACAAUGGCAGAUCGCAUGGAAGGAACAGAAGCGGGACAAUUUUGGUUGCUUUCUGUUAAUACUGGAGACCAUUGGAUGCUAGCAAUUAUUGAUGUAUUGCGUGAAACAUGUUAUUGGCUUGACUCAAUUGGAUUACCCCCGCCUAAUAAAAUUAAAUCUCUAAUGGCAAUGACUUUUGAUUACUACAAUGCUUCCACUAAUAGGCAGCCAAAAAAGUCUGGCAUUACAUGGAAAUCUAUAAAAUGUCCUCAACAAAUAUCGGAUUUUGAGUGUGGAUAUUAUGUAAUGAGAUACAUGCGUGAAUUUUGCAUGAAUUCUAGACCUAUCAAUUGGCUAACCACUCAAUGGAAUGGGAAAAAAACUUAUACAAAACAAGAAAUUGAUGAAAUUCGUUUGGAAUGGGCUGACCAAUUUUUAGAAGAAAUUACAGAAGAUGGAGUGCUUUAAUUGAGUGAUCACAAUAAAAGAAACAUUGUUAUUGUGUUAUGCAAACCUUUCAGUUUAUUAAUUUGUUUUAAGGUAGUAAGUGUUUUUUUUUCCCUAAGAUGCUUUUAUCUAUGUUGGUUUCUUUGAAAUUUUUACUGAAGCUUAUUAGAGGGUCCAUCUAGUAUCUUUGUUUCAACAAAAUUAUAUAUAUCCUAUAUGACUUAUGUAGUUGUUUAUUACAUUAUUUUUCUUUCAAUUUUUUGUGGCGUUUAUAAUUUUUUAAAUUUAGUUUAUCUUAUUCAUUUAUUAUAAAUUUAAUUAUUUCUUUUUACCUUUCUUUAAUAUUACAACAAAAUAUAAUUUAUAUACAUAUUGUUUUUUAAGAAAAUAUAGAUUAAUUUUUUUAAUUUGGAGCACAAGUACAGAUUUAAUUAUGUUUUUAUGUUUACUAUUCUUACGUAUAUAUUAUAUUAUAUUCUACAUUUAUUAAUUAGUAAUACAUAAAUUAACACUUUAACUAGAAAUAUUUAUUUGCUAGUGUAAAAAUAUGAUAUAAUUUAGUAGCAAUAAAUUUAUAAUUGCAAUAAAUUCUAAUAUACACAAAAUGCAUCAACUUUAUAUUUUACGCCAAUAUAAAAUUUUAGCUACAAAAAAUACUAGUAGCUAAAAGUAUUCAUAUGCCACCAAAAUUUUUAGUAACAAGCAUAUUUAGUGUCAUUUUGAUUAAAACUCAUUUUGCUACUAAAAUUUAGUAGCAAAUUUUUAUUUAGUGCUCAAAAUGUUAGCUACCAAAGAUAAUUGUAGCUAAAAAUAUAAAUUUGCUACUAAAAUAUU